GAAAAGAGUAACUGUGGAGUUACAACCUGUGGAGUCACAACCUGUGGAGUUACAACCUGUGGAGUUACAACCUGUGGAGUUACAACCUGUGGAGUUACAACCUGUGGAGUUACAACCUGUGGAGUCACAACCUGUGGAGUUACAACCUGUGGAGUCACAACCUGUGGAGUCACAACCUGUGGAGUCACAACCUGUGGAGUUACAACCUGUGGAGUCACAACCUGUGGAGUUACAACCUGUGGAGUUACAACCUGUGGAGUUACAACCUGUGGAGUCACAAGCGGUGGAGUUACAACCUGUGGAUUCACAACCUGUGGAGUUACAACCUGUGGAGUUACAACCUGUGGAGUUACAACCUGUGGAGUCACAACCUGUGGAGUUACAACCUGUGGAGUUACAACCUGUGGAGUUACAACCUGUGGAGUUACAACCUGUGGAGUUACAACCUGUGGAGUCACAACCUGUGGAGUUACAACCUGUGGAGUUACAAAUUGUGGAGUUACAACCUGUGGGGUCACAAGCUGUGGAGUUACAACCUUUGGGGUUACAACCUGUGGAGUCACAACCUGUGGCGUUUCAACUUGUGGAGUUACAACCUAUGGAGUUACAACCUGUGGAGUUAAAACCUGUGGAGUUACAACCUGUGGAGUUACAACCUGUGGAGUUACAACCUGAGAAGUUACAACCUGUGGAGUUACAACCUGUGGAGUCACAACCUGUGGAGUUACAACCUGUGGAGUUACAACCUGUGGAGUUACAACCUGUGGAGUUACAACCUGUGGAGUUACAACCUGUGGAGUUACAACCUGUGAAGUAA